AUGCUAAGGUGGCGCUCCUUGGGGUCCUUACUUGAGGCCUGUUACUCAAAUCCUGCUCCACUUGCCCCUCUAGCGAGAAGACCAGCGCACCAGAGAUUCCCGCGCAUUCAACCCAAGCUCACGCUCCGGGCUGGCUCAACCUCCUGUCCUUCGAUGCGCGAUAUUGAGUCGGACACACCUUAUCCCGGACGAGUCAGAAAGAGGCGACGCAUAUCCACCCCGCAGGAAAGCUCCAACAAAGCGAUGCAUCCCGUCCCCACCAUCUCACUCACUCCGAUUGAGAGAACCCUACGAACUCUCCUCCUCGACGUCGCACAAUACAUCCGAGAACAAGAAAUUGUCGAGGGGGGCAGCGAUGUGGUGAGCCAUCCGGAAACCGUGCUGCGGUUCACAGGCGGCUGGGUCAGAGACAAGCUGCUCGGAGUGGACAGUCAUGACAUCGACGUGGGGAUCAGCAGCAUGACGGGAUACCAGUUCGGGAUGGCUUUGAAGCAGUACUUGGAUAGCCCGCAGAACUUGGCCAAGUACAAAAAGGGCCUUCCCAAUGGCGAAAUGAACGACGCCAUUGUCAGCCUGCACAAGAUCGAGGCCAACCCGGAGAAGUCAAAGCACUUGGAAACCGUGACGACCAGGAUCUUUGGUCUCGAUAUUGACCUGGUGAAUCUGCGAAAGGAGACAUAUUCGGAGGACAGCCGAAAUCCACAGAUGGAGUUUGGUACAGCAGUCGAAGAUGCCAUGCGACGUGAUGCGACCAUUAAUGCACUUUUCUACAAUCUCAAUGAUUCGCGAUUGGAGGACCUGACGGAACACGGUUUGGAUGAUAUGAAAAAUAAACUCAUCCGAACACCCCUGGAGCCAUACCAAACCUUCAAAGAUGAUCCGCUACGCGUACUUCGAUUAAUCCGGUUCGCCAGCCGGCUAGGGUACCAAAUUGAUCCAGAGACUAUGGCGGCAAUGCAGAAUGCAGAUAUCAGUGAGGCCUUGAAGCUCAAGAUCAGCAAGGAACGUGUUGGGACUGAGCUGGAAAAGAUGCUGCGAGGUCCUGACCCUCAUGGCGCUUUGCGAUUUAUUGACCAACUUGGACUGUACUCUACAAUCUUGGCAAACCAUCAGGACGAAGUCACUGCGGAUACAUCGACCUGGUCCCUUGCCUACAAUGCGCUGGCGAAGUUACUUCGUCCCUACGCUGCAGGCAGCCCAGAGAUCCAGGGUGCGGUCGAAUGUAUUUGCCAAAACUUGGUGCUCGAUGAGUCUAGCACCUACAGCGCAUGGGUGGUUGCCACAUUCGCGCCUUGGUUGUCCGUCUCGGCACGCACUCCCAAGGGACCUAAAGCCAAACCUUUGCCUCAACGAGCAGUCGAGGUUGCCCGCGACAGCCUUCGCUCUGAUAACAAGACGCUAAGCAUCCUCCGGGAUGCGGCCUCGAACUACCAGGACAUCAUCGAGGUGAAGACCUCGUUGGUGAACAACACGAUGCAAGGCACUUCGGCCGAAAACCGACAACAUAUUGGACUGCAUAUGCGGACGUGGAACAAAGACUGGCGAAUCUGCGUGCUCUUGGCGAUGCUGCAAGAGAUCAUGAAGGGACAUGGCUUUAGUCAAGUGGCCCUUGAGUAUCAGCAGUUCCUAGAAUACAUCGUAGAAAAUGGACUCGAGGACGUAUGCGACCUGCGACCCAUUGUAAACGGCGACGAAAUCAUGAAGGCGUUGGACACCAAAAAGGGUCCUUGGAUGAGCAAGGCAGUUAGCAUGGUUGUUGAAUGGCAGCUGCUUCACCCGGAGAUCGCAGACAAAGCGCAGGCGUUGGAGGCGAUUUCGAGUCGGCGAGCAGAGUUGGGGUUCAUAUUGGCAUUCCGCAAUACAUCCCAGUAUCUCAUGGACAAGCUGCGCACCGAAGCCCGCGAGGCACUGCACCGCCGGCCUUUGGAACCCCCGCCUACUCUGCUCGCCGCCUUUGAUGCCACCGAGGACAGCCUGACUCCAUUGUGGCAGGAUAUCGCAUCGCAUGAGAGCAAUUCCCAUUUGGGCGCCUGUGAGAAUCUCGCGAUUGCGAUCAACUAUAUUGAAUUCUGGGACCCCCUGUUACCAAACGAUGAAGGCCCCAAACAGCUGGCCGCCGAUGAAAUCGAAGCCGUGAUUCAUCUGUCUGCAUGGGCUAGUCGCCUCGCCCUGCCCUCGUCCGAGUUUGCCAUCAGUUUUGAUGAAACGGCCGAAAUCUCUGACAGUAGGGUUUACUCUCGCCCGCCGCACAUGAAAAAUGAUCCUGUGCUUACAGUCACUACAGAAGACCGGAAAGCCCAGGAUGAGGGUCGGCUGAGAGUGCAGCUGGCUAUUACAGUUCUCAUCCUGCUCCACAAGAAGCAUGGUGGUCGUCCGGAUCGCAGUGUAUUCAAUUCGCCCGAUCUCAUCGUGGCAAUGGCCAGUUUCACCUCUGAACACGAUCCCUGGACCAACGAGGAAAGCAGAGUAGAGGCGUCAAUGCUGCGGGAUGCGACGAUCCUAUUCCCAACUGGAGACCCUAGGUUCUGGUCCCUCAUUGAGCGCGUCCUCAAAGAGAAGAUCCGGCCCCUCUUCACGAGGACGAGGAAUCCUGCAAUCACCAGCGAGGGCCGCAAGAACUUCCACCCGGUGCCGUUGACUCGGUUUUAUGGAAGCUCUCUGGAUGCAGAGGCGAGUCCCUGGAAAACAACCGACGUCUACGCGCCGACGGUGUUGGCCUGGAUCAUUUCACAGUAUCGUUAUCAGCCCGCCGACAAAGCAUAUCUGGAAGCUCAUUUCCCGCUUCUUGUACCAGCAAUCCUGGCCCUGAUCGACGACAGCAGCAUCGCAAUCAAAACCCGCGGCUGCACUCUGCUCACGCAGCUGCUCCAACCCAUCCGAAAAAGCGGCUCAGACAUUCUGCGACGGACCAACCUCGUCUCAGUAUUCGAAGACGCCCUCACACCAUGUCUCCUCUCCCUGCCAACCAUCACCCCGGAAGAGAGCUCCCUCAAGCUACUGGGAGCCGCCUAUCCAGCGCUAUUGUCUCUCUUCCAAACAGCCUACCACGCCCCGCCCUUCAAACAAGCCGACAAAGAAAAGAACCUGGAAACCUACCUCGCAAGCCUAACCAAGGUCCUCCGCUCAAACCUCAUCUCGUCGUUCCACCACGUCAGCUCCUCAACCCCAGCUGCUAUCUCCACUUCGGCGUCCUUCCCGCACCCGCGCCUCUCAACCUUCUUGGUCGAGUGGAUCGCGACUUUUGUCCAUGAGCUGGGCAUCCACUCUACAAAAUACCUCCAAGAUCUCAUCCCCGUGCUUUACACCACGCUUUCGAACCCCUUCGCCAACGCCCACCCGCCGCUUCUCCUCACGGCGGCGACCACCACAAGAACCGUGGUCCUGAACGCGCACCCGCGGGUUUGGCGCUGGCGCGGCGAGAUCUUCGGCGGGCUGAGCGCAAGCUGGCUCCAUGCCAUCGAAGAAGAAAAGGAAAAGGAAAAGAAUAAGCAGGAUAAAGAGACCUUGGCAAAUUUAAAGCGUGAGCUUCAGGGCACGGCUGCUAUCUUGAAAUACGCGUUGCUGAGCCCUGUUCCUGUUGAGGGUGAAGUAGAUGCGGAUCGUCUGCAGGUCAAGGAGGGUUUGCAGCAGGAGUUGCAGAAAUUGGUCGAUGCGGAUCCGGCCCUGAAGGACCUUUUUGGUGCUGAGGUUCAAGCUGGGAAAGGGGUUACCUUUGCUAACCCGUGA